AUGGGUGCCUGGCCACUUUGGGAAAGACUUUCGUCGUUGAUAUACAAAAGACACGCCAAGCUCAUUGCGGCCUCUUCGACAAAGUCUGAGUCUACUCUGGCGGAGGAGAAGGAAAUCAAAUCGGAACUCCCGACAAAACAGAAGCUGCUUCUGUUACAUGGACCUAAACAGGACUAUGUACUUACCGACGACCAAGCUGUUCCUUUAGCAGAUGCUCAUCAUGAAGUUGUCGUUCGUGUAACUACGAUAGGUUUGAAUCCUAUUGACUGGAAAGCACCGGCAUUCAAUUUCGGCAUACCUCAGUUACCCUACAUCUCUGGCCGGGAGUUUUCUGGAGAGAUAGUUAACGUUCGUGGAAAAUCAACACGAUUAAAGCAAGGCGACAGGGUACUUGUACCAUCCACCGACUAUCGCGAUCCACGAAAAGCAGCAUUCCAACAGUAUGCCAUUGCAUCAGAUUUCAAUGUCAUACGGCUUCCCACGCACGUAUCAGCCGAGGAAGGAGCCACUCUCGGAGUCGCCUAUGUGGCUGCCUCUCUUGCUCUAGGAGUUUGUCUCGGUGUCGAUUUCUCCCGCGUGUUCAAAGGCCCAGACCUCCUCCGUGUGCUCAGACGGAUACCAGAGGAUGCACUCCCGACUGAUGUGCGAGUUGAGUGCCACAGUGGUAUACCCGAGGAUGAACGUGCGAAACCUGGCGACUGGAUUGCUAUUUGGGGUGGUUCAUCAUCCACCGCUAUCAUCAUAACCCAACUAGCCCAGCUCGCUGGCCUUCGCGUCAUCAGCAUCGUCGACCAAGCCAAACACGGCCAUCGACUAUCCCCCGGCACAUUCCCAACAAGCGUCUGUGCCCCGGAUAUCGUGAUUGACAGUCACGACCCCGCACGUGUGCAGCACUUACUCCAGAAAGUCACACACGGCAACCUUCGCUUUGGAAUCGACAGUCGAGGUAAAGAUACCGCGACACUGUUAUUACAGUCCUUAGUCGCACCAACGAAUCCCGACCUAAACGCUCCCACCUCAACCACCACCCCUUCCCCAAAGAAACGGGCCCAUCUCGUCGGACUAACAGGACUCCCAAAACUCGACUCCAUUGCCGAACUAUCCGACUCUGACGCAACUAAUGUUUCGCUACACUCCGUGCCGAUCAAAAUCUUCCAUGACGUGCCAGAAGUCGGGCUGGUGUUAUCUGUGUGGUUGGAGCAAUUACUGCAGAAUGGGAAGCUAAAGGCACCACAAGCGGUGGGGACGGAGGAUGGCUUCGAGGGUGUCAAUCGUGGAUUGAAGACGAUGCGGGAGGGUGGUGGCCGGGUUGUGGUGCGGAUAUAG